ACUGUUGUGGGCCACAUUACUGCGCAAGUGCAGCAUUGCACGGGGAGUCUGACAGAACAGUGAAUGUUUGUUGGCUAGUGAAGAAUUUGAAAUCCUGUAAAAUAAGUAAUCAAAAUAAGAAAUAAUUUAAGACAUUUCGCCUAUGUUUUAUUUCUGUAAAUUGAGCAGAGACUGAUAAAUCAAUCGCGGAGCUGUGGGGAUAAAGGUGGGAAAAUGUCAUAUCACUCGUCUUCUCACAGCUCUUCGCCUAACACCGAUUGCAAGGUCUAUGUUGGGGACUUCGUCAACGGUGCUGCUAAGGCUGAGCUAGAGCGGGCGUUCAGUUACUAUGGCCCUUUACGCAGCGUUUGGGUGGCCAGGCCCGCAUGUUUCGCCUUUGUGGAGUAUGAGGAUGCCCGUGACGCAGAGGACGCAGUUAAAGGCAUGGAUGGAAAGGUGCUGUGCGGCUCUCGGGUCCAUGUGGAGCUGUCCACUGGCAUGUCACGGAAGACCAAACAUGACCUCCCCAGCCGUCACCACUUUGACUCUCAAGACUGCUGCUACCAUUGUGGGGACAGGGGCCACUAUGCCUACGACUGCUACCGUUUCAGCAGGAGGGGUGGAGGUCGUCGGAGCAGAUCGCGGUCUCAUUCCGGAUCCAGGUCACGUGGCAGCUGUUAUCGAUCCCGUUCCCGCAGCAAUGACCGCAGCAGACACCGCUCCCCAUCUUAUCCCAAACAUAGGAAGAGGUCCGGCUCCCCUGUGUGGUCCAAGUCCAGGACAUCUGUUAGGAGUCGUUCUCGGUCAGGGGCCCUUGGCGUCCCGCUCUCUCUCCAGAUCCCGCUCUCUCUCCAGAUCCCGCUCUCCCAACCAUAAGAGGAAUAGGUUAGCUCUCUGCCUCGUCAACCCAUACCUUCACAGCUGCUCCUGUACUGUGUAAAUGCCAUGACUUAAAAUGAUCGUCUUUGCCUUGUAGCCCAUAUUGUACAAUACUGCUAAUUAUACUUCAUUUGGAUGAUUUGGAAUAUUGUUUUGCAAAUGUGCUGGAAGCCCCCCCCUUCUCCCCUCCCUCUUUUAAUCAAAUUUUUCAGAGAUGACACUCCACAUUCACUCAGCUUAAGUUUAGGUAUAUUGCUAUCUGUUAGACAGGGCUAGGUGUGAUCAGGUAAGUCGUGGGUAGCUGCCCCCUCAGACCAGCCUCCACCCAAAGUCUGCGGAGUCGACCUUCCAGAACGCACAGAGCGACAACUCAUCAGAGAGAUGGCUGCUGCUGGAGAUGGGGAGGGGAAAGAAAUUGUCAGGGACUCUAACACACCCCAAACUAGAGUGAGGAACACCACCCCCAAACCCCCCUCCCCCUUUAUCUUUUCCAAAUACCUGAUUUUAAUGUUCUUUUCUCUUGGAGGUCCCUCUCCUAGAAUGACCAGGCCAGACCUUGAUUAGCUUCAGAGAGUUGCACACUAUACUCUGAGAAACAGAGGCUGUUUGGGUGACGGCUGGGGGAGCGGGGCUCUUCUCUUUUCUCUUCUCCCUCAGAUCCAGCCUCAAUUUGAUUAGCUUCAGGGGGCGAGAGAACCUCAAAAACCCAAAAUAGAAAUCUGUCGUGAUCAGACUCCAGUGACCAAUCGCAUCAGGCCUUUUUUUUUUUAAAGAGUGUGGGGAGUCGACUGACUGCAGAAGCACUGACCAGGGUCAUCCUUGCUGUGUUAAUGUCCUCCCUGAGGGUGAAAAGGGCUGACCAGAAAUCAGCUUGCGCCGCGCUGGUUAAAGAGGUCGCCUGAUGAACGUUCUGACGAGACACAUCAUCCUACGCGCUUACACACAGUUGUUCCACCCACCACACUCCCUCCCAGAACCCAUGCACCACAGACUUGAACGCUGAGCCAAGUUCAGUCGACAAGUUAAGGCCCCUUCCCUACCGAGCCCGGCCUCUUGCUUAGCUUCUGAGAGGGUGAGAAAGGAGAGCUGACAAGAGAUCAGACUUCAAGACCCUCCGAGUGUGUCCUCGAGUUCUAGAAUCCAUCGCUACUCUGUACAUGUUGUUUCUGCCACUGUCUCCAAAGGUAAUGAAAACCCAAGUGUCAAUGUCAUUCAUGAUCAGAACGCAGACGUAUAGUCUGAUACUCCCUAACAUACUGUACACUAACAUUCAACUAUACAGAGCAUGCACUGUCCAAAUCCACAGGUGUGUCUGUCUGGGUGGGUAUAUGAGUGUUAAAUAUUAUCUUUGGAGACAUAUUAUCCUGGGUGUAGUGAUAAGUGUAGGAUUUAUUUUAGGGGGAAUGUAGAUACCUUGAUGGUGCUUGUCCUGAAGUGUCUACACAUAGGUGAUAAUUUACCAUAUCGAGGUAGGACGUGUGCUUGCAAAAGGCAAGUUUAUUUUAUUUGGUCAGUGUUUGUUUUGGGUGCAAUUCUUAAUUCAGAUCCUACCAUGGUCUUUUGUUUCAUUGUGUGAAAAUGCAAGGGAUGGUUUUAUCACCUCAAACCCCCUUUAAAACAUCCCAGUCUCAACACUCAGCUCCUUCAUUUCCUUGACCUCUGGUACUUUCACUUGUUGAUUUAAUUAUGUAAAAUUAGGGUACCCCUCCCUACAUGUUAUAAUUAGUGGAUGUUGGCAGUAUCCAGUGUAGCUGUAAUGUGUUGUAUUUAUAACGUGUCCUGACCAAGGCAAACUGGUUGUAGUGGGACACAGUGCAUUAUGGGCAGUAGUGGAUAAAGUACCCAAUUGUCAUACUUGAGUAAAAGUAAAGAGACCUUCAUAGAAAAUGACUCGGAUAGCCAGAGGCAAGCUCCGACACUGACAUAAUUUACCAAUGAGGCAUGUGUUUAGUGAGUCUGCCAGAUCAGAGGCAGAAGGGAUGACCUGGGUUGUUCUCUUGAUAAGUGUGUGAAUUAGAACAGUCUUCUGUCCUCAUAAGCAUUCAAAAUGUAAUGAGUACUCUUUGGCGUCAGGUAAAAUGUAGUAAAAAAGUACAUAAUUUUAUUUGGGAAUGGAGUGAAGUGGAAGUUGUCAAAAAUAUAAAUAGUGAAGUACAGAUACCACUUUCAAAUAAAAAUACUUGAAAAUACUACUUAAGUACUUUACACCACUGAUUAUGGGCCAGCAGGGUUGGAGCUGUGAUUGGUUCUGAGAUGGGUGCUGGGCUAGUUGAGUGGACAAGAUGGGUGCCGGCCGGGCUGCCUGUUGAUUGGACAUGCUCUGUCUGCCCUGUUCUUACACCAUUCUCUGUCUGUUUCAGUCGUUCCAGAUCUCCAAGCCAGAAAAAGAGCCCCACCUCAGGGGAAGAUUGAUUUGAAGACUAAACUCGUCCCCAUCCCCCUCCAACCAACUGGUUUUAGCCUUGCAGCUAUUUGUUUUGUCUUUGUUCCCUGCAUUGAUUAGAGUCUACCCCUACCUUUCUGAUGCUGUAUAAUUACACUCUACAGGAUUAGUUUCAUAUCUAACCAUGCAUCCCUUACAUGGUCACAUUCCUAAAAUGGCUCUUGUGUGUGUCAAAACAGUUCAAAUAGCUAAUUUCAGAAGUGGGAUUUGUGAACCAGAACUUCGUAUUUGUUAUUAUUUCUUAUCUACUAUAUUCAGCGUGGCAUUGCGUUAAAGAGCUGUAAGAUACUUUAAAUGUUGCUUUCCCUUUUUUAUGACACUGGCAGAUUUUGGAAUAAAUCUACACAUUAA